ACGGCACAGUUUGUGGUACGUACGCGUGCGUUAUACGAGUGUGGGCGAGAGCGUUAGUGAAUUGGUGAUUGUAAUUAAUUUAGCUAUUCAAAGUAACACAAAUAUUAAGUACUGGAAAUAACAAACAAAAGAACUUUAAGCAAAGUGUUGAGUGAUAGUAAAUUUGAAAGCUUUCUAUUUGAAAAAAAGAAGCACUGAAAUAAAGCACUUUACAAAUAUGUUUAUGUCGCUGUGGUAUAAUAUAAUUUUGCUUUUAAUUUGUAUUCAAACGGCACUUUGCGCUUUGUGGAAAGAUAAUGUCCUUUAUAAUAAUUUAAAUGAAAGUUAUGCAUAUUCGUAUAAGUCAGCGCAGGAUACCAGCAUGUUUCGACAAUCGCGACGCAGUUCGGCCAGCAAUGCUUGCACCACAAACGAAGGCACAUCGGGCACUUGUUUGUCGCGCUUCAAUUGUAUGCGUCAGGGUGGCAUGCCGAAAGGAUACUGCAGCACCUAUGGCGUGUGUUGUGAAACAAAUCUGCAAUGUGGCCAAAUUUCCAGCUCUAAGCGUAUAAUCAUCAAAAAUCCCAUUCAGCUACCGAACGUGUGCCAAUAUGUGAUUGCGCCCUAUAGCAGCAAUGUUUGUCAGUUACUCAUUGAGUUUGAACAGUUCGAAUUGAAUCAACCGACCAAUGAUGCGACUCUUGGCACCUCAACUUGCGGUGACAGAUUUACAGUUGGCAGUUUUACGAUAUGCGGCGAAAAUAGUGGUCAACAUAUAUAUUUGCCCUACGAUGUUGCGGCGGGUGCCACGCAAGUUACAUUGGAAUUUUCAUUUUCAACAAAAUGGGCACAAUCCUCUUGGAAUUUGGUGAUCACACAACUGGAGUGUCCACAGCCAAGGAACCGUUUCGGUGCCAACAGUAUGGUAAUGCCAUUCAUGGGUCAAACAAACUUACAAGAUAUACGUAAGAUAUUCUCAGCGAAACAUAGCGAUUGGGAAUUACUAGCGCCAACCGGCUGUAGUCAGUACUUCCGUCAACCGACAGGUACAAUUAAAAGCUUCGGAGAUAUAUAUUAUAUGCAAAAUCUACAAUAUACAAUCUGCAUAAGACCGUUGCCCGGGUCUUCGGUGAUCGAAUACACAGUGAAUAGGUUUUCUUUAUCAUCGGAGCAAACUAAUAAUUUCUACGACGAAAAUUGUCACCCGAUGAUAUUAACCGAUGGUCGCCAAAACGAUUAUCUUAUGAUAUGGAAUGCGAUAUUUAAAGACGAUGCAAGCAUGCAGCCGACUUACUUUUGUGGACAGGCUCUGACCGCCGGUCAGGAACUAAUUGCAAGCGCACCGUAUCAGAUGUACUUUAAUAGUGAUGAGCAGUGGAGUACUGUGGAAACCGGGUUUAGCAUAUCAUAUCGAGUGAAAUCAGCUAUAAGUUAAUAACAUCGCUUUGAGUCAACUUGCUUAUGAUUUUUCGUGCAUAUUUAUUGGUAACAUUAAGAUUUUUUAUUAAAGAAGCAAAGGUUUCAAAUUAAUAAAGGAAAAUU